AUGCCCGAUCUUAUAAGCCUCAUCGGGGUACUGGGACUGUUAGAGAUGAGGACCGUGCCGGAUCAGGAUCCAGCAGGGGAGUACGCAGAUAACCAGGAGGCCAUGGAAAAGCUCCAGUCGCUCGUACCACUCGCCUCAGACAAUACCACGGAAAGUUACGAUAAAAAGGCCCAGCUUGCAACGCUCUAUCUGAAAACCGGAUCUUUUGAUCAAGCAGUACCACUACUGAGAGACACCCUGGACGGCCGACGGAGGCUUCUGGGGUCCGACCAUGCAGCAAUUAUCCAGACGGAAGAGCUACUAGCUUGCGCACUGUACGCCCAGGGCGAGACUGUGGAUGCAUUAAAAGAAUUCCAAGCAGCUUGUGCGAUUAGGACUCGGACCCCGGGCACCGAAGACGGGUGGACAGUUCAGAACAUGUUCAACACGGGAAUUGUGACCUGGCAUAUCGGGGAACAUCAAGAAGCAUGCGAUAUAAUGAGCAAAACGUACAAAAUGUCCGAGCGAAUACACGGACCGCAUCAUCCUAGCACUCUUUCCGCCAUGGAGAAUUCAUCUUUCAUGUACCAUUUUGUGGAACGUUCGUGGGAAGCCCAGAAAGUCCAACAGAAAGUGGUGAACGUACGGCUGAAUGACUUGCCUCACGACGGUGGGACUAUUUUAAAAUCAGCUAUUCUGCUGGGAAAGAUAUGCAUGGACAAGGAAUGGUGGGAGAACUGUGAAAAGACAUACAGCCUCAUUGUAGAACUUCGCACCAAUCUGGAAGGCUCAGACAGUCCGGCGACCUUGGCCAGCAAAGCCAACCUUGCAACCGCAGUGCAAAAGCAGGGUCGCCUUGACGAGGGCGAGAAAAUAUGCCUUGAGAUAUCAGAUGUCGCCCGAACAGAGUUUGGCCCUGAGUCGCCAGUGGCCCUGCGCUGCAAACUACGUCUAGCAACAAUCCUCAGUGAUAAAGGGGAGCACAUUCCAGCUCUGGCCAUACAGCGGGAGGUUUUGCAGAUUCAGGAACAGGCCCUUGGAAGCUCUCAUGAAGACACGUGUUGCACGCUGUGUCAUCUCUCCGAGACACUGGUGGAAUUGGAGCAGUAUGAUGAAGCAGUCACGGCGUUGAAAAGGCUGGUCUCUGCUUUGGAACAGAGGCUGGGAGUGUGUGAUCCCGAAGCUUUGUCCGCCAGCCUCGACCUGUCCAUGCUUCUUGCUCGCAUAGACUUGAUAGAUGAGGCUGAGGAUAUCGUUGUCAAUGUCAUUAGUGGCCGUGAGGCAGCCGAGGACAGCGAGCUACUAUUUAAGUUGAGGAAAGCAGUUAAUGUUUUGCUGCAGCACGGUAGAACCGCGCCAUUCAACAAAUUUUACCUCGGUCUUUAG